CAAGCUCUCACUGUGUAAUUUUACACUGUGGUAACAUUCAAGAUUUUUUGUCUACUUCAAACUGUAGUAAUUUCUCUGAGUCUGAUUUCUCAACCCUCAACAACACAUGUUCACUGAUUACGAAUAAUCGGGAAAAUUAUACUAGGUGGCAACAAUGUUUUCAAAAUAUGCAACUGCAACAGCCUUUUAAUGGAACGACUAAGAAUAUUACCGGGGACAAUUACAAAAGUAUUCUGAAAAAAAUAAGUCAGGAGGAUUUGAAGUCAUCAACAAUAACAGUUUCUGUACCAGAGGCAGAGAACUCAUUCAUGACUCCAAGCAUCUCUUUGCCAGUUGAAGCGUUAGCUGGAGUGAACAAUCCAGUGGUUGCUGCAACUGUGUACACUAAUCCAACUCAAUUCAUAACAGACAACAAAACAAACAUAGUGAGCACAGUAAUCUCCUUGAAUAUCAUUGGAAUACAAAGUGUUUCUGAACUAAAAAAUCCAUUGGUAUUGGUAUUUCCAAUUAAUCAAACUGAAAUUCCAUCCAACAAAGUUUUCCAAUGUUCAUUUUAUGAAGAUAAUCAAGGUACCUGGUCACACGCAGGCUGCAGCAGCUCCAAUAUAUCUAACAGCGGCGUCACUUGUUUAUGUAACCACCUGACUAUUUUUGCUGUGUUAUAUGUGGAUCCACAAGUAGAUGCGAAGAGCUGGCAGAUCCUCUCAGUUAUUUCUUAUGUGGGCUGCGGACUAUCAGCUGCUUUCACUGCAAUCACCGUUUUAACAUACCUUGUAUCCAGGAAGUCCAGGAAGGACCACACUAACACAAUCCAUGUGUGCCUCAGUGCUGCCCUCUAUUUGCUCAAUAUGACCUUCCUGCUGACAGAGUGGGUGGCCAGCUUGAACCUUAACACCCUCUGCACCAUCAUCGCAGUCCUCAUGCAUUAUGCCCUUCUUAGCAGCUUCAGUUGGAUGUUUGUGGAGGCCAUCCACCUGUAUCUCCUCAUGGUGAGGGUCUUCAACACCUACAUUAAAAAAUACAUCGCCAAGCUGUCUGCCUUCGCCUGGGGUAUACCUGCCGUAAUUGUUGGCAUAGUUGCUUCUGUGCGUCAAGAUUAUUAUGGACCCACAUCGAUAAAGAUUGGAAAUUCAUCAGACACAAACAAUAUCUGCUGGAUCAGCAAUAAAACCUAUUUUUAUGCUUUAAAUAUCUCCUACUUCACAAUUGUUUUCAUUUUUAAUUCUGGAAUACUGAUAGCAGUGACAACAAAGAUUGUGUAUUUCCGAAGAUUUGGCAAGGAUCCAUUAAAAACUAAAAGCUUCUGCAAAGAUUGCAGCACUGUCCUGAUUCUGACCUGCCUGCUCGGGACCACUUGGGGCCUAGCAUACUUGGGAUAUGGACUCUACACUCUGCCUGUACUCUACCUGUUCACCAUUUUUAAUUCAUUCCAAGGGCUUUUCAUAUUUUUCUGGAUUUGUGUUGCACAGAGGAAAUAUAGAACAAAGACAAACGAGAAGCAAUGUGCUACUAAUACCGAUACAAAGGAGGAGAGUUUGUUCCCUGGCAUUAAAAUUAACCCAGGCAACUAGCUGAGUGUUUUGUGUGAAUAAUGUGUUAUGGUAAAUUCUGAAAAAAAAGUAAGAAAUAUUUUUGAUGCAUAUGAGUAUAAUAUUUAAAGACUUUACACUUGUGAAAUUGUCUAGUGCUUUUUCCACAGAGCUUUUGUUAGCUUUAAAAUAUUUGUAAGAUAUGUUAAAGUUUAUUGAUGGGAUACACCAGCGUUUCUCAACCUUUUAGUAAUUGCGACCCGAGUUUUCAUAACAGUUUUAAUAGCGCCCCCCUAACGUUUUUUUUUUAAAGGAGCCCACUAAUAUCAAUUUGUUCUUUUUUAAUUAAUGAUAUAUCAUAGAUGCAUAUUUUAUUAUACCUACUUAACUUUUAUCAACAUUUAUCUAACUCUAUAUUUAUUUUUCUAGUAUCAGAAUGUAGUUUAAGCUAAUGUGUUUUGGUUUCAAUAGAUGUAUUUUUCAUAUUUUUGAUUCUUGUUUUCUUUAUUUUACAUCUUCGCACCCCCCCCCCCCCUUUGUUACUUUGUGUCCCCCUAGGGGUGCCCGCCCCACAGUUUGAGAACCACUGGGAUACACUGUCUGCUCAAAUUAAAUCUAAAUAUUAUGAAGUAGGUGGUAUGGUAAGCACCUACUUGAACAGACUGGGUCCAAAUCCUGAUCUGGACAUUAUCUCUAUGGAGUCUGCACAUUAUCCCCAACCCAAAAAAGUGAAUAUUAGGUGAACUUGUGGAUCAUUUUUGAAUGGGUUUGGAUUUGUGCAUGAAUGCCCUGUGAUGGAUUAACACCCUGUCCUGGGUUUUUGCUGCCCUGUGCCCAGUGAUGCUGGGAAAUUUCCAACCCUUCCAUAGCCUUAAACUUAAUUAUGUGCAAGUUGAAGGAUGGUGCAGUCCAAGUGUUCUUGGAUGUGAAAGCAUUCCAUCUAGAAUUAGUGGAGAAAAAAGGCAUUUUAUGUAGUUGACGGAAAUUAAAGGUUAUGUGAAUUCUUAACCAAAGAAAAGGAAAAAAAGAAUGCAAAUUGUUUCUCUAGACAUUAUUCAUACCUUAAAGAAAAAAGGAAAGCAACAAGAACUUAACAAAUGUUUGAGUCUAACUAUAUUGCCUAAUGACACAAUCACAAAAGAUAAACUUGAGAGCGCUUUCUCUGCUUCCUACAAUAUAUAUGUACAGUAUAUACAUACACACAUAUAUAUAUUA